AUGACCCUGUCAGGCAGCAGCAGCACCAGCGACAUGUCCGGCCAGACCGUCCUGACGGCCGAAGAUGUGGAUAUCGACGUGGUGGGAGAAGGGGACGAAGGGCUGGAGAAGGACAGCGACGGCGAGGCCAGCAGCCCGGCCGGGCUGCACCUGGAGGAGGCGGAGGAGCUGCUGCUCCCCAAGGAGGCGGGGGCAGGAGGGGAGCGCAGCGGCAGCGGCAGCCCGGCGGAGGCCACCCCUAGCGGGGCGGCGGACGGGGGCAAGGGGGCAGGCGGCGGCGGCGGUGGCGGGGUGGGGGAGGACGGCGGCGGGGCCCUGCCGGGGCAGAGCAAGCCCAAGAACAGCCUGGUGAAGCCGCCCUACUCCUACAUCGCGCUCAUCACCAUGGCCAUCCUGCAGAGCCCGCAGAAGAAGCUGACGCUGAGCGGCAUCUGCGAGUUCAUCAGCAACCGCUUCCCCUACUACCGGGAGAAGUUCCCGGCCUGGCAGAACAGCAUCCGCCACAACCUCUCGCUCAACGACUGCUUCGUCAAGAUCCCCCGCGAGCCGGGCAACCCGGGCAAGGGCAACUACUGGACGCUGGACCCCCAGUCCGAGGACAUGUUCGACAACGGCAGCUUCCUCCGCCGCAGGAAGCGCUUCAAGCGCCACCAGCAGGAGCACCUGCGCGAGCAGACGGCGCUCAUGAUGCAGAGCUUCGGCGCCUACAGCCUGGCCAGCCCCUACGGCCGGCCCUACGGGCUGCACCCCGGCGCCUACCCGCACCCGGCCGCCGCCGCCCUGCAGUACCCCUACAUCCCGCCCGUGGGGCCCAUGCUGCCCCCGGCCGUGCCCCUGCUGCCUUCCAGCGAGCUGAGCCGCAAAGCCUUCAACUCCCAGCUCAGCCCCAGCCUCCAGCUGCAGCUCAACAGCCUCAGCGCCGCCAGCUCCCUCAUCAAGUCGGAGCCCAGCAGCCGGCCCUCGUUCAGCAUAGAGAACAUCAUCGGGGUGUCGGCCACCAGCUCAGGGAGCAGCGCACAGACUUUCCUCCGGCCCCCGGUCACCGUCCAGUCCGCCCUCAUGGCCCACCAGCCGCUGUCUCUCACCCGGACCACAGCAGCCAUUGCCCCCAUCCUGAGCGUGCCUACAAACAUUAUCUCGGGACAGUUCCUGCAGCCCGCAGCAUCCGCUGCAGCCGUGCAGGCAAAAUGGCCAGCCCAGUAA